ACGGAUCAUGACGAUGAGCGAAAGCAGUAAUACGCAUGGCAACCAAGUAAACCCGAUUACGCGCAAUGUCCAGAACAAGCGAGUUGGCAUGUGCCGCGGUUUCCAUGUUAGCGCAAGAAUGACGUAGUGGCUCGCGGAUGCUUGCGCAAAUCCCGCCAGGAACACGACAUUGCAUCACAAGGCCCACGUUUAACCCUUCCUUUCACUCUUCCCAAGAACAUCAUCUUCACGACUGCAUCUCCCUCCAAACACUCUGUAACACUUCAAAAACGAAACGACCCCUCGAUUGAUAUCCUAACAACUCUCCCAACAUGGAUGUCUACUACUUUUACUCUUAUGGCACUGCCGCAUGGCUGGCAACCCAAGCCGCGCCUCUCAUUGCGUCCCCAACAAUGAUAGUAGCACUGUUGUCACCCGAGGUCCGCGAAGCCUCCACUCUCGAGGUCUACUUCUCCCGCUCGCUGGGGUUUUCGCUCAUCGCACUGGGCAUCAUGACGGUUCUACUCACGGGCUCUGUUCCACUCUCUAGUAGACUUUCCGAGGGAGCGACGACCAACGCCGAAGACCCCAAAGCCCCCUACGCGCUCCCUACCCUUACCAUAACCGCAAUCUUCCAUUCGGUCGUCGCCUUCUACGGCUACGCCAUGUGGACCAAGGUUGGUGUCAUGUCUUUCGGUCUGGCAACGCUCGGCUCGGGCUUCCUGGCUAUGAUUGCGCUUUGGUGCAUUUUGUUCGCUAGCAGCAAUGGCCGCAUUAGCAGGAAGACAGGUGCUGACAAGAGGACAUCUGGAUUCCCAUUCAAGAACCAAGAGGCUGAGAAGAGGAAGGCUAGGUAAACGCAUAUACUCAGCUUUUGUCGAAACAUGGUCGAUUGUGAAAGUUAACAAGCCAUGCUUUGGGCGGAGGUAGGGGCAUGGAAGGGAUGUCUGCAGCGCUCAAGCAACAAUGGGCAAAUGGGCAUACAAUGGGAGUUAUGCAUGGAAGCGGGUAUUAAAAUAUGGCAUCAAAAAAUCGCCAGACACGGAUUAAGCCAGGCUGUACACUAUGGAAGCAUCAAAUGAAUUGGUAUCUUUAAUCUUGAAUGUACCCAGAGACCGUGAGCCGUCGAUCUACCCCAUAGU